GCGUACCGCCAUUUUAAGUUGAGGACAGAUCGUUUCCCUCCCCCUGGCAAGAAGCUAACCAAGCUGAAUCCUCUGUAUCUCGCGGUUGCUGAAGUAUAUUCAUCUGUGGGAAAUCAUCUUGCUUUGAACAAAUAGAGCGCACGCUCUUAUUCCACGUUGCCUGAUUUGGGCUCUCGGAGUUUUAAAGGGAUUGAAUGAAGAGCUGAGGUGAAAGAUGACCCAGUUUUUACCCCCUAAUCUGCUGGCCCUAUUUGCGCCCCGGGACCCCAUACCAUUUCUGACCCAGUUGGAGAAGCUUCCCCAUGAAAAACACCACAACCAGCCAUACUGUGGCAUCGCUCCCUUCAUCAGGCACUUUGAGGACCCCAGAGAUGCCCCUCCCCCCACUAGGGCAGAAACUCGCGAUGAGAGGUUGGAGAGGAAGAGGAGGGAGAAGAUCGAGAGGAGGCAGACGGUUGUGGAGACAGAACUGAAGCUCUGGGAUCCACACAAUGACCCCAAUGCUCAGGGGGAUGCCUUCAAGACCCUGUUUGUGGCUCGUGUGAAUUAUGACACCACGGAAUCCAAGCUUCGCCGUGAGUUUGAGGUCUACGGACCCAUCAAACGGAUCUACAUCGUCUACAACAAGAGGUCAGGGAAGCCCAGAGGCUACGCCUUCAUAGAGUACGAGCACGAGAGAGACAUGCACUCUGCCUACAAGCAUGCAGACGGCAAGAAGAUCGAUGGAAGGAGAGUGCUGGUGGAUGUUGAGAGAGGCCGCACUGUGAAGGGAUGGCAUCCCCGCAGGCUAGGCGGUGGUCUUGGUGGGACAAGGAGAGGCGGGGCUGACGUCAACAUCAAGCACUCUGGAAGAGACGACACCUCACGUUACGAUGACCACCCCCCAAUUGGAGGGGAACGAGAGCGCGAACGUGGACCUGAGCCCAGAGGGGAGCGCAGAGAGCGCAGCCGUGAGCGUGAACGUGGGGGGGAGAAAGAGCGUGGUGGCGAAAGACGGCGGUCCCGGUCCCGGGAAAGACGCAGGCGCAGCACCCGCUCGAGGGAGAGGGGCGACAGGGGUCUGGGCCUGGCAGGGCCCGCAGAGGAGAGCGUAGGGGGUGGAAGGAGGAGAGAUCGGGAGAGGGAGAGGGGGGGAGGACCAGGGGGAGACAGUCAUAGCAGGGAGAGGAGCAGAGACAAGGGUGAAAGGAAGAGGAGGAGCCGCAGCAGAGAGCGCAAGCGAGACCGGGAGAGGGGCAAGGGUGGCGAGGGGGAUGAGGGCAUGGGGCUUGGAGACGGUAUGAUGGGGGAGGGAGCAGAGAAGAUGCCUGAAGAGCCUAGUGUGGGUGAGGAAGGGGGAGAGGUGGGAGAGGAGCGAGGCGGGAGGGAGCGGGACAGAGACAGGGAGCGGGACCGUGACCGGAGGCGCAGCCACAGGGACAAGGACCGGGAGAGGCACAGCAGGGGGGACAGGGAGAAGGACAGGGAGCAUAAGAGAGACAGGGAGCGGGGUGGCGGGGAGCGCAGGGAGGACCGGCAUGGCUCUCUCCUGCCCCCCUCGGCCGAGCAGGACGACGUGGGUAACGGGGAGGCGGGGGAAGCACCGCCCCAGCCAGAGGAGAACAGCCAGGAUGGGUUGACGAUGGACCAGGAGUCUGUGCAGUCGGGGGAGGGCUACGUUUCCAAUGAGAACGGCUACAAGGUGGAGACCCAGGCAGACGAGUACUAAGCGGGGCGUUGCCAUUUUUAAGUUCCUGUUUUUUUAAUUUUAUAUAUACACAUCAAACCCACAUACCCCCUUCCCUGUUUGUGUGAAUGAUACUGUAAUGAGCUGCUGCCCUGUUAGAAGCCACAACGGAGCAGUGUAGGUAUAACAAACUGUCUUUAUGGGUUAAGUAGGGUUUUGUUUAUUCUGUAUUUGAACCCCAACAAAAGGUCCACACCACAAAAUAAUUAUUUCAAACCCGUCCCUCGGUUCCAAACUGAACUGUCCCUUGACAUUCACGUUCUUCCCCCAACCGGAACUUUAAUCUGACAUUCUGCUCUGUCAAGUACUUGUCUGAUUACAAUCCCUUUACGAGUGAGGCAGAGAUUGCAUAGUUAAUGUUCAAAUAUGUCUUUUUCAUAAAUAUCUAUUGGUGUUAAUUCAACCUGGGUUGUUUUUUGGGGGGUUGUUAAGUUGUUUAGGUUUUGUAACACCCCCCUCCCUCCCAAGUGAUUUGUAUCAAUCCAUGAUCCCACAAAAGCAGAUGAGAAAAUAAAAAAUAUAUAUAUUUGAGCCUUCAUAUGUUCCUUUUUCACUUCAAAGUACAACCCUGAGAACAUCUUACUCAACUGUCUGGACCCAUAUGUCUAUCUAUUCUCAAGAAAAUGUACACCAAUAGCUAGGUUUCCAUCCAAUUGGCGACAGAUUUUCAUGCAAAUAUUCUUAUGUGCAUAAGGCAUUAUAUGCAUUUUCCCACCAAAGAUGUUUCCAUCCAAUUGACUUGUUGCAAAUCAAAGGCUGUGCGUGAUCUCGUGAACAUAAAAAUGCAUUUUGCGGUUAAAUUCCGAUGUAUCGAAACCCAUUGAACUAGCUUUUCCUUAUCGCAUUUAACUCCACAAAAUGUGUUAUGUAGCUUUGUUAUUGGCGUAUGUCCUCUAACCAACAGCACGAAGUUGGCUAGAGCACACGUGGCCUACAUGCGAUGUGGACAAAAGAGUGAGUAUUUUUCAAACGGUAGCCAAGCAUUGACUAUCAUGUCACCAGAAUAAGACCCUGGAUAUUUAUUGGAAAGUAACAUCAAGCUAAUUACCGUGCACGUUCAACACCCUGCGAGUUAUAUUAAUUGAUUUAAUCUGUAGUUUAAUGAACCGCACGCUUUCCCGACUAGUCGUAGUGGGAGGACCACAUGUCAACGCGUGACUCCCAAGUUUACGUCGAUAUGAUGGUUAAUUGUAUCAAUAUUUGCGCAUAAAUUCCACUGACAUAAUUAAUUUUACCAACACAUUCCACCUUGUCUAGUUGACAUUUGUUUCCGUCAGGCCUGUCAUUACUUUUUAUCCGCCGUACUUUGCUUGCAUAAAAAGGUUGGAUGGAAACCUGGUUAUUGAACAAAGUUAAAAUUGGGGGGGUAAGGAAAUGUGUUGCAAAGUGCAUGUCUACGAGUUGGCCAAUAUUGCUCAUUUUUAUUCUGUAAAGCAAGAUGGGGGAACCCCCUGAAUGGAAUUGUUCUGAUUCUUCUGAAAUAAAGUUUUUUUUAAUUUUAAAUAUUGAA